AUCACGAGAAAACCGUAAUGACGAAGACGGAAGUAACGCAAAACCGCGAGCCGUGCGAAUUCUACCAAACGUUUCUUUUCUUUUUCCUAUUUUAAAUGAAAUGAAAGUUCACGCCGAGCUCAAGACAACCAUUUGUUUUGCUCUUACUGUGUCAAAUCAAGCCCGAAACACAUUUGUCGUUUCUGAUGUGUUUAGUUGACAGUCUGAGCUAGGUUAUCAUCAUGUCGAAGCAGACGGUCGGAAAAACUUUGCUACGGAACGUAAUCCGCCACACAGAUGCCCACAACAAGAUCCAGGAGGAGUCUGAGAUGUGGAAGUUGCGAGGAUGGGAGGUCCAAAUGUCCAACCACAGUCAUGUGAGCGCUACCAGGACAAUCAGGGGCCAAAUGCACUGCGAUCGAUUGCCGUAUGAGUCCCGGGUGUCCUCGGAACAUGACGACCGAGAGGCUCGAUACUGGACGAAGAAACUGUAUGAGUUUGAGGACAACGAUCCGGACAGAUGGGGACACAGUGGCUUCAAGGAGCUGUACCCUGAGGAGUUUGAAAGUGAAAGUGACAAAAGCAGCACCGGAAAGAAAGAGGGCCACAGAAGGAAAGUGUCCAAGUCGAAACACUCCAAAAAGAAGAAAAAAAAGAAGAAGAAAAAAGAGGAGGAAGCAAAACGGAAAAAAGUUCAUAGCAGCCAUGAAGGUAACAGGACAAAAAGUCACCAUAAAGGCAAGAAAAAGGACAGGAAAAACGAGGACAGACGGGGACGCAAAAGGAAAAACGACGACUCUCACAAGCACUCGGACUCCUCAAAGAAAAGCAGGAGAGACUGGAGAGCAGCUGAUGAAGAGAGUACAGAUGAAAGUUCAGAAGAGUGAAAGAUGCUGCAUUACCUUUUUUAUUCACCUAACAUUUUAUUUGAAUACUGAACUGGCUCAUGACAUUUUUUUUUUUUUUUUAAAUGUGUGGAUUUUUGAAUGGAAUACAUGGAGACUUUUUCUCUCUUAAUCAUGCAAAUCUAAAUACAUGGAAAAAAAACACAACUGAGUACCGUAUUCUCAAUGAGGGAUGUUCCGAUCGCAUAUUUUGCACCCAAGUCCGAGUCACCUGAUUUUGAGAAUCUUCCGAUACAGAGUCCGAUCCGAUACCGAACAAAAAGUUUUUUUGUUUUUAAAAUUCCAUACAUGUUACUGUACUGUUAUUUUUACAGUACAGUACUGUGCUACCUCUUCUGCAUUUUCCGGCAGUGUUGCCAAGCGUAACAAUGAUUAACACACUUGUCCCUUUGAUUGUAGAACUACGGAGGGUUAUCUAGCCAGAUCAAAGCUACAAACCUGUCAAUCAUCGUUAAUUUUAAGUACCAAACGCCAGCUGCACUGGUGACCAUGAAAAGUUUGGUCGCACUGCUUAGCAAGAGGGAGGGUGAGAGACUUUGAGUAUGAAGCAGAGAAACGUAAAUAUAUUUUUUAAAUUUAAAAACAUGAUCAUUUUCACCAGAUUCCGAUCCUCGGAAAAAUGGCGCGAUCGGCACGAUUUCCGAUCAUGUGAUCCGUUAAAGAUAUCCCUAUUCAUGAUAUUAAAAUACACCUUGUAUAAAGCGAUGGCGUUAUUCUUCUUUUCGCAUACUUACAGUUGCAAUUUCUGCAACCUUAACUCACUAUAAAAAUGCUCUAUUAACUAGGAGCAAGAAACUGAGAAGACUUCAGCCUAAGCAGCCAAAUUCAAAGUAUUGUUGUGUUUGGUAGCGUGAGCACUCCUUUUGAAGUAGGAAAAUUGUCCCAUAUCACCUAUGAAUUAAAUAGGCUACUCAGUUACAGUGCCUUGCAAAAGUAUUCGGCCCCCUUGAACCUU